AUGCCUAUCAACAACUUCAUCUGGGCUUGCUUGUUGUUACUAUCGACUGUGCAAUGCCUUUCAGUCAAUGCUACUAAAAUCCAAUUCAAUCCAUCGCAACAACAUGGUGACUACCAUGAUGCAAUCAUGCUCAACGCUAAUCAGUUUAUCCGAUAUAAUCUUAGCAGCAAUGGCGAUCGUUAUCGUUUUAUUUACAGCAAACGCGGUGAUAAUGGUUUUGUUGUCUUUUCUGCCAACUCUCAUUAUUAUCCUAUAACAGCAUCGUUAAAAGAUGCCACAUCCAGUGAUUAUACCAUAACAUCGAUCAAUCCUGGCUUAAUCCAAGUCUUUACCAAUGAAAAUCAAUUUGCCAAUUUAUACUUAAGCUUAUCAACAGAUGAGGGCAACAGCAAAGAAAACCUUCCUCGAUUGCCUUCAACUAUUGCUACACAACUUGUUGCUGUUCCUUAUAAAAAUUUCGCACCCUUACCUGGUGGCUGUUGCUUAAGUUGCGAUCUGGAUAUUGAUCCGAAUAUUGUAUUAACAACUUCAUCAUGGAUUACUUGGGUAUCUUUUGAUCAGGCAAAUGCUGGCUUUCAAAACGAUCAACAGCCACAUUGUGGUGGUAAUUCGCCUAGUCGAUUUCGGUUACAGUACGACUUGUAUCAACUAUUUUUGCCUUUAUGGAAUAUAAAUGGCAAGGAAUUAUUUAAAAAUGUCCACUAUAUGGUUACACCUGAAAAUAUUCGGAAACAUGGCAAAUUUAUUCGAACUUUUGGCGGUGAAACACAGACUAUCAUUGCUAUGAAUUCAGUCUUCGGACAUGGUGCAAUUUAUGGAGUUAUCGUACGAGAUCCAUUCUUUCGGAGUGAAGCCGCAUAUAGUCCAGCAACAACCUAUUUUUGCAAUUUAACACAACAAAAUAAUAAGGGAAAUCAAAUUGUCUCUUGUGAAACUGGACCUUACAAUUAUUUUGCAACAAUUUUAGCUGUUGUAUUGUCAGUUGUCGGAUUAUGUAUGUGCUUGUUUUCUGCGCGAUUUUUUAAGUCAUUCCUAUUCAUUAUUGGUUGCCUGAUUGGUGCUAUCGCUGGUUUCGUUGUCGUUGCUGUUACUGGUUGGUUAAAAACUCAUUUAUCUCUACAAUUGACUGUUACGACAUUAGCAAGUAUUCUGGUUGGUGCUGUUUUUGUCAUGAUAUGGUACGCUUUCGGCAUGUGCCUAUUUCUUCUUGCAUUUAUGGCCUCACCACUAGGAUUUCUAUUGAUAUCGAUAGUGUUCACAGUUACACCACUUGGCCUAUUAACCGUAUGGACUAGGGUUAACUUUGCUCUGUUAUUCGUCUUAAUAUUGGUCAUCUUUGCUCUACUUACUAUUAUAUUUACAAAAUCCAUGACUAUUAUCACGCCUGCUAUUAUUGGAGCAUACCUCUUCCUAUUUGGUAUUAGCCAUUUUGUGCAUAGCAGUUUUGGAUUAUUUAUUCUCUCGAUCUUCAGGCAUGCUUUAGUAGAGACUAAAGUGGAUGUUCUUAUAACAUCACUACCAUUUAGUAUUGACGGUAAGGAUAAUCGCUGA